AUGUCAAAACGAGGUCAAUCAUCGUCAAUGUCUUACAAAGACAAAGCAAAUCUUCACUUUGUCGAGCAAGAAGAGCCGGCAUUUAUUAAGGCGAUAAAGGCAAAGAUGGGAUAUAAGGAGCCGGCGAAAUUGGAAGACAAAUUCGACGAUGAAGCAGGCCCAGCAGAUUUCGACGACGAUGAAACGGAUCUGAUGCGAAUGAAAGAGGAGGAUCGGCCACAGGUGGUGGUGUUGAACGAGGAGACGGAUUUGACGAAGGAGGAGUUGUCGAAAGAGUUGGAGGCGAAGAAAAAAGAAGAAGGAGAUAAACUAAUCGCCGAGGGCAAAAUUACAUUCAAAAAGCCUGUAAAACAAGUAGGAAAUGAUGCUGAUGAGGAAGCUGAAAAGAAGAAAAAGAAGAAUGAGCCAGCGCCGAAGGUCCAGAAGGGCCUUUUGUCGUUUGGAGACGACGAGGAAGAUGAAGAAUGA